AUGUUCAUGCUCAUUCGGCAAACUCAUUUCAAUCGGCAGACUCAUCGUUCCUUCGGCAAACUCAUCUUUCCAUUCGGCGAAUUCAUCACUCCAUUCGUGGCGCGAGCAUCGAUAGCCAUCGAGGAACAUUGUCUUCCAGACCAGAUUUACUGCGCACCGAACUGUAGCGAUGAAUAUAGUGUCAGACCAGGGCAAUACGUGCGCAGGCAGAAUUGUCGAUGCGACACCAAUUGUGUUGUGUACGCUGACUGCUGCGUCGACUACCUUGACCACUGCAGCGCGAAUGGGACAGACCCCUUGGCAAAUCGCUACGAUUUCUCGCCACAUUUGGUCUGCGUUUCCCCUUACGAUCCAGCCAAUGAGGUCAGUUAUCUGGCAGUUGGACGGUGCCCAUUACAGUGGCCUAUGGACGACGUCAGACAAAACUGCGAAAAUGAAACGUUGGCCCGCUCUCAGAGAUUCCUGACGCUCCUGGUUAAUGGACCGGAUGACAUUGUCUUCAAGAACGUCUAUUGCGCUAUCUGUCACCACGUCACUGACCCGGUACCUUGGAGUCUCAAACUGUGGGACUGUGAGCCUGCGGUAGGUGAGACUAUCCCGAUUCAUGCUGGUGGCAAGCCCAAUUUGGAUGCCUGCAGGGGCAUUCAGACAGUUCCCCCGACAUCCAUGCUGAGUGAACCCCAUCGCUGCUAUCACGAUGUCAUCGACAGUUGUCCAGAAACCACCAAUGCCAGCGAAACCCAUAUCGCGCUUUGUGCUAGUCAAACGUCCUUUUUGUUCCAUCUCGCCUCUUCUGGGGAGAGGCCGGCAGUGUAUAAGAAUGUCUACUGCGUAAAUUGCGCUCCUAUAAAGCUAACCGGCUCCGAUUUCCUCGUCUGCCAUCUCGGCAGUGGUGUGUUUGACCCUGCCAUUUCAUUUUUGGUCCUGUUUGACUUCACUGCGCGUUCGGUUCGUAGCAAGAAUUUUCAUACCGGUUUAUACGGGGUCCCACAGAUGAUUGGUGAAUGCAAUCUUUGGCAGCAAUACGAUCCGUUCAUUGGCAUGUGUAGAAACUUGUCCUGCCCUGACGGUAGAGUGUUGCAGAUGGGUCAGUGUGUAGAAUCUAACGACCAGAUCAUCAUCCAAACUCCGUCAAGUGAUUGCUGGCAACAACUGAUGUCCUCUCUUGAGAAUGCUGCUUCGAGCUACGACCUCGAUGGUGAAUUGUCCAACCAGGCCGUCGCCUAUGUAGACUUAUCCGUAGUAGCAAACACCCAAAGCGGCUUCGACCAGUUUCUGUCCAGAAAUUUGACCUUGCCAUGCAAUGCAACAACAUCUCUUCUGCUGGUGGCAUCCCAAGCUGACUUCAAUGAGUCAAGGCGAUCAAUGAUGUGCGAGGGCUUCACCCAGCAAAAAGUUGCAGUGAACGAGAUUGCAUACGCUGAUGGUGCUUUCUAUAUCAACAUCAGUAACUAUAUAUAUGCGGCAAGUGAGUUCGUGCACAUUACCAAGUACAAGAUAGACAAUGGAAAUUGGUCGAAAAACGAGUACUUGACUUUAUGCGACCCGUUUGUUGAAGACGGCUGCGCCAUUGUGGCUUUCAGCAGAAGUGAAUUUGUUAUGUCGGGCGUUGGUGAAGAUGCCGUGUUUGUACAUGAGGCUUCGGGGAGCUCCUUCAAUGUAGGUGAUGUGUGGCAGUUACCAGACGGCACUCUUCGAAUGUGUAACUUUCUACCCGGGCCAGUUACCUAUCCAGCUUGGAUAACAACACUCUCCGACUUCAGUUUUGCAGGCAGCGUGUGCUCGAUUGUCAUAUUGAUCCUCACGCUGAUCACCUACUUACGAUUCUCAGUUUUGCGAAACGUACCUGGUAAAAUUGUGAUGAAUCUCACCGUUGCCUUAAUCCUGGCCCAAGUGGUUCUUGUGGUUGGUAAGACAUCAGUUCCCUGGCUGUGCGUGGCUCGGGCGGUAGUGCUGCACUUUUCCUGGCUUGCCGUGUUUACGUGGACGAGCAUUUUGGCUGGCGAUUUAGCGUACACCAUGCGAUCGAUGAGGCCUCCUUCUCGACAGGAGGGUUUAGGUGGGUACAAAGUCAUGAAGUUCUGCGUUGUGGCCUGGGGCUUUUCCGUCGUCUUCGUGGGCGUCUGUUUCUUGGUAUCGAGUUUGGGCAAUGAGCACUCGUCUUUCGGUCUCGAGUAUGGUGGCAGUCAGUGCUGGAUUGUUGACCCUACCCAUGCAUUGUUGGUGUUCGGCAUCCCAUUGUCUAUUCUUCUUUUGGUCAAUUGCUUGUUUCUUGUCAUCAUGAUCUACACUGUGACUGCAAAUCGAAGAAGGCUAGCUGCUGCAAGAAUGGCAAAGGAUUGUAAGACUGAUAUUCUACUUUGCAUUAAGCUCAUGGUGGUGACAGGAGCGACCUGGACUCUCUUCCUAGUUGCAAACGUGAUGGAUGUCGUCAUCGUCUGGUAUCUGGCCGUCUUCGUCAACUCUCUGCAGGGCGCUCUCAUCGGCUUGAUGUUCCUCCUGAAAGAAAACACUAGAGCGCUUUGGUAUCGGCAGUGGCUGAUGAUCUGUUCCUGUCAUUGCCAACCAUGCUGCUCACUCCCUCGACGUACCAGAGAUGACCGACAGCCCGCCACAGUGAGUUCCACCUUAGCAGUUGUAUCGGGGGAAGGCACUUGCAAAUUCGAGGGAUGUGUUGAGGAUGGGGGUUUGCCCUGCGAGGAAAAAGCGAGCACGUCUGACAUGAACACUAAAUUAUGAAUACACAAAUUUGAUCUUACGUCGAGACCGUUUCCAAUAAAGAGGUUGUGGA